AUGCCUCCUCAGGUCACCCUCGGCAUCAGUAUCCCUUUCUGGAGACUGUCGACCUCAGCUUCAACAUUAGCAUCAACUAAGAAGAAGAACCCAUCCCCAUCCCCAUCGAAAGAAUCAUCAACAACACAACCCUCCUCAGCAACACCAACCAGCAAAAAGACAACGACGAGCAAUAGAAAGCCUUCCUCAACCAACAGCACACCCCUACCCCCAAACUCCGCCUCCUCUGUCGAGGUCCCAGACUACAAACACUCAAAGACAAAGCCUCGCCAGGACCUGGACAGACUACAGGCCCUUGUCGACCAACUCCUCUCCACCAACGCUCUGGUCUCAAAACGCGAUAUCCUGAUCCAACAUCCCGAACAGGCACCACUGCUGGCAUGGAUCUAUGACCCGCAACGGCAGUUCUAUGUCCGUCCUGCCAAUAUUGUCAAGUAUGCACAGCGUUGGGCCAAGCAGCAGGAUGAGGCACUUGCGGCGGCCAAGGCUGCUGUUGUUGCCGGUGGUGGGGCGUCUGAUUUUGACGGGGGAGCAGGACCGGGGUCGUCGUUGCCUACAACGGAACAUCCGUCCGGAGUAAAAUCGAAGGCAGCUCAGUCAGGGCAGGAGUUCGACACUCUCCCUUCACUUUUGGAGGCUCUUUCGUCCAGGUCCAUCGUUGGUCACGCAUCACUGGACGCUAUUCUGACAUUCAUGGAUCGAUUCUGCGGACCUGGUUCUGGAUCAUCAUUCGAACCGCUCGACUCCAUUUCAUCGCCAGAAGGAUCCUACGAUCGUGCGAUGGCGACGUUAUUGUCAACUCCACGAUCGAAACUCCUUCUCAAGAUCCUGGACAAGAACCUCAAGGCUGGAUGCGGGAUUGCGUUGAUCCGGGAGGCGUUUCCGUCGUUGUUGUUGCCCGGGUUCCAUGUGGCUCUGGGCAAGCACAUGCCGCUCGAGAGUGCGCGUGAGCUGUUUGAAAAGGCGACGAAAUCAAUCGAGAAAACAACAAAAGGCAAGAAGCCAAAGAUGGCGGCCUCGGAUCCAAAUAUUGACAACGCAGAGUGGCUUGGGUCGCGGAAACUGGACGGCGUGCGGUGUCUGGUGCGGAUUGAUCGGAAAACAGGAAAUAUCACGACACUGUCUAGAGCUGGACGUGAGUUUGACGGCUUGGGCAAGAUCCAGGAUGCGUUCCGUUCGAUUAUGAGAAUGGGACAAAGUAACGAUGAGACUCAAGGUCGGGACGAGUUCUUUAGACAAGCAUUUGGACUGCUUGGCAAGGACGGGUCUGCGUUGCCAGAAGCGCUCGUUUUGGAUGGCGAGAUGUGUGUGUUUAUGGCGGAGCCGGUUCAGGAACAACCGCCAGGGAACAAUCAAUCAUCGUCGUCAUCGUCGCCACCGUCACCAGUCCUUGUUGGCUUGCUGAAAGAGGAUGGUCUGGGCAGGGAGCAAUUCACCAAGGCGAUCACCUUUGUAACGCGAGGCGCCAUCGAGAAUUCACUUGAUGCUGACGACGAUAGGCUCUCCAAGGACAAAUCGACAACAACAUCACCAGUUGGCGGUUCAGAGGAAAUGAACCUGGAGUACGAUCGGCCUAUCUACUGUAUAUUUGAUUGUCUGACAGACAAGGAAUUCAAGGAUCGGGAAGGAGCACGACCAUUGUUGGACAGGAUUGGAGGUGUGACCCGAGCAUUGAUGCAGUCCAAGGGUGUACAGGAAAGUGGUGGACUUGUCAAGGUCUUGAGCCAGACCAAGGUCGAGUCGUUUGAGCAGCUGCAGAAGAUGGUCACCCAAAGUGUUGGGCGCGGAUGGGAGGGUGUCGUCCUCCGAAAGAACGUUGGCUACGAAGGCAAACGCAGUCGGAACCUGCUCAAAUUCAAAGAGUUCCAGGAAGCAGAAUUCAUCGUCGAAGAAGCAACAUUGGGAACAAUGCGUCUCCCACUCAACGGCGAAUUUAAAGAACGCUACUGCCUCACCAGCGUCACAGUUGUCCAUCGAGGCAACAGAGUCGGCGUCGGGUCUGGGUUCUCUGCCGAGGAGCGGAUCCGGUUCGGCAAAGAUCCUAGUCUGAUCGUUGGCAAGACUAUUACCGUCAAGUACUUUGAAGAAUCUAAGACGUAUUCCUCCACCGCUGGUAAUGUGAGCAGUGGUGGUAGGAGUGAUGACGAGGCCGGUUCUGGGAAUGUGAAUGAUAGGGUGUACAGGAGUCCUAGUAGGGUCAGGUCGACUUCAUCUUCGAUCGGUCAAAGUGCUGACGACGACAAGGACGUGGAUGAGGAUAAAGGGGACGGUGGGGAUGUCGUGUGGAGUCUGAGGUUCCCGAUCGUCAAAGCCAUCUACGGCGACGGGCCACGAGAGUUGUAG